AUGUGCAGCUUCAGACAGACCGUACUGCAACGCCUGAAACACGCACAAUCCUCUCCUUCGAAAGCUGCAAUACAACAUCUCAUUGAGGAAUCGAGCCUGACCUUUGCACCUGGGCUUGCUGACAUGAUCCGAUCACGAAAUGCGCCUUCAGUGCAGCAAUUGAGGGCGUGCUCUAUCCUGCUCUCCAAAGACCAUCUCAAAUCGAAGUGGUUCGUUUACCUGCAAUACUAUCGUAAAGGUCCACUCUGUUACAUCUGUUGCGGCAAGUCAACAAAUUUGAGGGGCGCACAGGAGAGGCUCCACGAUUAUGAAAACGAAAGUAGCAGCAUACCAGAUUCAGCCAAGGACCUUCUCGAAAGAGCUUUCAAGCGAAUGCGUCACACGAACCUUUCAGCCGUCGACAUUCCCUUCGAGGGAGCAGACAGGAUAUACAUGAGUGCACUCGUCACAGCGUUUGAGGCAACCUUCGCUGCAGGACUCUGGGCAUAUUUACCAUUGACUCUUGGAUCUGUCACUCCGCUUCGAUUCUGGGAGGAGGUGCCGUGGUUCGGUCUAUGCGGGCAUUCUUCCCUCAUGGAAAUCACCUUUGCGGACUUGAAAGAUGAUUUGCCGAAUCUCGACGAGCUUCGUCUGGACCGGAUUGAGCGCCAGAGCCUGGCUUUGCAUAAGUAUAGAAGCUCGGAGACGGGUCAAGCUGCAUUGGAGCGAUACAAGGAUUCACUGAAGGAGGCCUAUCGUACCGAUGAAGAGUUCCGGGAUGAAAGAUUACAGUACAGCAAGCAGUUCACGUCGGAUGGCAAGCAAGCAAUCGCGCGGGCCAAUUACAGGGCGUCUGAGAAGUACAAGAGCACGGAAGCAGCCUACAAGGCCUCGGGGGCUCUAGCAGAGUCGAAGUCAAGAUACGCAACAUCGGACAAGAACAAAGCGGCCCAGGCAAAGUAUGCGGCUAGUGAGAAGGGCAAGGCAAGUGCAAAGAAGAGACAAGCCAAGUAUCGUGCCUCUGUCAAAGCCAAGAGGCAAUGCUUUGGUCAAUGA